CUGACCAGAUUUCAGCGUGAGGGAGAGAGAGAGAGUGAAAUGAGGCUGGAUAAUUAGGAAAAGCAGGCUGUAUCCCCAAAGGGGGGAAGAGCAGCGAGCGGCGUACAUGCAGCCAUUCGCUCAAUCCUUCCGUCUCUAUCUCUUUAAGAGCCGAGAGAAGGAGUGUGUGUGUGUGUGUGUGUGUGUUCAGUAUGUAUGUGUGUGUGUGUGUUAUGUGGGGGAGGGGUAUUGGCUGGGGUGGAACAGUCCUGUAAUGAGCAGAUUUUAGAGAGAGAGAGAGAUAGAAAGAGAAAGAGCGAGGCCGAAAAAACAAGAGAGGACAGAUGACUUGGUGGAAUUGGGAUACAACAACAAUCCAGGUUUCAGGCGAGCGCUGAAAUGGAGAGGACAAAGGGAAGAGGAGAGGAGUAAUUCAUUUUUUUUUCUUCUGCUUCUUCUGUUUUUUCCCUUCACAUCUUCAGGAGGAGGAGGAGAGCCUCAUCUUUAGAUCACAGCAGAGCAGAGAGGAGGGAAGAGAGGAGCAGAAAUAAGAGGAGAUAUUCAGCCUCCGUUAUGUCUGCCGAGGUGUGUGACAGGCUGCGUGUUUGUGCCAUUAUGGAUGUGUGUUAGCCUGGAUUGCUCGUUUUCCAGGCCAUGCUAUAGAGAAAUAUCUCCAACUUCUCUGAUUUUUUUUUUUUAAAUGGCGUACGAGCGCAGCAGCAGCAUCCCUAAGUCCUGUAUCCCUCUCUGUGUGCCGGUGCGGCAGGGAUGUUGGGGAUGCUGUAAUGUCUGACUGAGCUGAGCUCGGUUUGCUACUGCCACCGUCGCCGCCACCGCCACUGCCGCCGCUCCUGCUCCUGCUGCUGCUGCUGCUGCUGCUGCUCUGUGGGCCUCUGGGACUGCUGGAAAAGCCUAGGCCUCGCUUGUCUGGAGUUGCCCCGCUUGCACGGCUGAGGCAUCGGACCGGCGAGCUCCCCCGGCUGCGAGGCUGCGUGGAGCAGGAAGGUGGAGGAGGAAGUGGAGGAGGAGGAGGAUGAGAAGCACUCUGAGCCUGCAUGCCCAUGGGAAGCAGCAUGCACAGCAGCUGCGUUCGUCACUCCAGACCCGUCGCUGAGGCUUAGACUGCUUCUCCAUCGUAAGGUGAUGCUCUUCGGGCCACGUCUUGUUGAUUUAAAAAUGAGGAGCUGCUGUUUUGCUUUAUAAACUAACAGGAGAACAGGAGCCGAGGCCCUGUACCUCCAUGCUACCAGAUUCAAACAAGGCCUCCUCCCUCUUUGCUCCUUCUGAGUGACCAGGCCCUUGUUUUUUCUUUUUCUUGACGUUCUAAGGAUUUGCCUAAACCUGUUUCAUGCAUGUCCACUGGAGGCAGGUUUGACUUUGAUGACGGGGGGUCGUACUGCGGGGGGUGGGAGCAGGGUAAGGCCCAUGGCCGAGGGGUCUGCACGGGGCCCCAGGGUCAGGGCGAGUACGCUGGAGCCUGGAGCCACGGCUUCGAGGUCCUGGGCGUGUACACGUGGCCCAGCGGGAACAGCUACCAGGGCACCUGGGCGCAGGGCAAGCGGCAUGGCAUCGGAGUGGAGAGCAAGGGCCGCUGGGAGUACAGAGGGGAGUGGACGCAGGGGUUCAAAGGUCGCUACGGGCAGCUGGAGAGCACGGCCAGCGGGGCACGGUACGAGGGGACGUGGAGCAACGGGCUACAGGAUGGAUACGGCACUGAAACCUACUCUGAUGGAGGAACCUACCAGGGGCAGUGGCUCGGUGGGAUGCGUCAUGGCUAUGGCGUGCGGCAGAGUGUACCGUACGGCAUGGCGGCCGUCAUCCUCUUCCCUCUGCGAACAUCCAUAAACUCCCUCCGCUCCGAGCACAGCCACGGCCCUCCGGCUGUGCUGGAGGACGGCACUGCCACCACGCCAACAGACGGGGUGGUGGCCGGGCUGGCAGGGAGCCCUGUAGGACGAGGUGGGUUCGCUCUGACAGCUCCAAGUGAAGCUGAACGCCAGAGGAAGAGGAAAGGCCGCUUCCGGCAGUCCAUCCUGAGCGGCCUGAAGCUUCGACGCUCUGAGUCCAAAAGCUCCCUGGCCAGUCAGCUCAGCAAGCAGAGCUCCUUCUGCAGCGAGGCCGGCAUGAGCACCGUCAGCUCUGCUGCGUCUGACAUCCACUCCAACGCUAGUGAGAGCGAACAGGGUGCUCCCGUGGACGCUACUGUCACAGAAAUGUACGCAGGCGAGUGGCGGAGUGACCAGAGGGCCGGCUGGGGGGUGAGUCGGCGAUCAGACGGCUUGCAUUAUGAAGGCGAAUGGGCUGGGAACAAGAGGCACGGAUAUGGAUGCACCACCUUCCCCGAUGGCACCAAGGAGGAAGGAAAGUACAAGCAGAAUGUGUUGGUGAGCGGCAAACGCAAGAACCUGAUCCCACUGAGGGCCAGUAAAAUCAGAGAGAAGGUGGACCGGGCUGUGGAAGCCGCCGAGAAGGGCGCAGACUUCGCCAAACAGAAAGCAGAGAUCGCCAUGUCAAGGAUGAGCCACGCUCGUGGGAAGGCGGAGGCAGCUGAAGGAGUGGCGCAGAAGGCCAUGGAGGAGUGUCGACUGGCCCGGAUAGCUGCCAAAGAGCUCUCUCCCUCCUUUCACAUCUACGGGAACGGGCUCGAAUGUCAGAGGCCCAAGCACCAGGACGCCAAGGACAAAGACCAUGAGGUGAUCUCCACAGGAACAGACAGUCCGGAGCUGUGCACUCCGGACACCACGCCACCUGUAAUAACACCUGAUCUCAGCCCCGUGCUGAGCGUACCCACCUCGCCCCCCCACAGUCCGCCCAAGCACGCCCAUCGCCCCAGAAAUGCUUGCUUCAUGCGCCAGAGUGCUGUGGACGAUCAGGGCGGAGCUGAGAUCCAGGUGCUGGUGGAGGGGCGGGGGAUGGAUCUGCCGAGGGGAGGGGCUAACAAUUGGACUGAUGACAUGUAUCCGGACCGAGGAGGCAGCAGCCGCUCCACCACGCCCUCUCUUCUGGAGGAGCAGGAGGGCCAAAUUAACGGCCACGAGCAAGCCCCUUUGUCCAACCACAAACCGCGGGAGAAAUCCUUGUCCAAUCACAAGUCCCGGGAGCACGCUUCCUCCUACAGAGCGUGGGAGCACUCCUUGUCCAACCAAAAGCCCUCCAAGCAUGCCUCUUCCAAUCACAAGUCAAGGGAGUACUCGUCCUCCAAUCACAAAACAUGGGAUCAUUCUUCCACCAAUCACAAGGCCUGCGAGCAUGCCUCUUCCAACUACAAGCCGCAGGUGCACAUUUUAUCCAAUCACAAGGCCUUGGAACAUAACAUGUCCAAUCACAAGACUUCUGAGCAUGCUUCUUCCAAUCACAAGUCCCAAGAUUAUAUCUCCUCUAAUCACAAUGCCAAGGACCACGUCUCUUCUAGUUACAACCCUCGAGAGCAUGUCUACUCCAACCACCAUCCUAAGCAGCACAACCCCUCCAACCACAAGCUUAACGAGCAUGCUGUAAUCGACCAAAGGCUAGAUGGCCUCACCGGGGGCUGGACUGCUGAAAGCACCCUUAGGUGGAGCCCUGCCCACUCACGCCUCACAGAGCAGGACGAGGAGCGGAUGAAUGACUAUACGGUCGACAUGAGGCUUCAAUGUCCGGACUCGCAGACGCCUCGGGGGCUGGGCCAGGAGUCCCCGGCCCCCAAAAACAACAGGCUGCGAUCCCGAGGCCUCCGGCCGGUCAGAGAGGGAUCCAUGGACUCUGUACAGAUGCUGGACAACCUGAAUGUGGGGGCAGAGCUGGAGGAGUGGCCGCUGCACAGGGACCUCACCCUCUCCCCACCCCUAAAGUCUCAGCCCAUCACUCUGGAGCAGGAAGGAGAGCAUCUCACCCUCAAAUCAAACUCAGGCUCCAGCUCUAUUCUGGUGGUUAUGGUCAUUUUACUCAAUAUUGGAGUAGCCAUUCUUUUCAUUCACUUCUUUAUUUAAGCUUAUACAGGUAUGAUCUACUAAGACUUAUUGAUAACUACGGUAUAUUAUAUUAUUACUUACUGAGACGGACAUUCUGCCUAUUCGACUGGAGCCCGCAGCCCGAGUGACGGACACAGCAGAGCCUUUCUAUUGUUGCUACUGGUCUUUUCACCUCCGUUGAAGCCCAUAUGAGUUUCUAUGAAAGCACCGUUUCCUUUUAUCAAAUGCUUAAUUUUGAGCUUGCAACCAUAGAAAAGAAAGUAAGAAAGUAAAGAGUGCAGCUUUAUACUAGCGUGGUGUAUCGGGGACACACGUGCAUGGGUGUCCAUCUGCUACUGUUACAUGGACUGGAGAUGGCACAGGCAGUUUUGCCCAUUUUUCCAUCCAUCAUUCUAAGAAUAUAGCAACCCUUGUUUCCUGGUUAUCAUGAAGAAACAUGCUAACCAAGAGCAUGGCACACUCCAUCCUAAACCCCCCACAGACAAUAACCCCUUUUGCCUUUUAACCCUUUUCCCCUUUUGGCCCCCUCCAUCCACCAGUCUCUAACCCCCUAUUUCGCACUAUGCGCUACAUACAGAACUAUGCUGCAAGAGUAGAUCCAUUUUAAAGGGCUCCGUCAUUAUUCUUUUCUUUCUUCCACUACGAACUACACAAACGCUACACAACCAUUGCAUGAGGCUGUGUGGGGUUUUAAAAGUGCAUUUUCUAUCCCUUUAACAUCACCUGUUUCUGUCCUCAUUUGUACGCACUCCAUCCUGGUUUUAUCACUUCCGGUUGUUUGCCGCAACCCCCCCGCCCACCGUCGGCAGAGAUUUUGGAAAAUCAGCGCCAGCACCACACUUCACUCCACGUCCAAAUCGAAUCACAUGAGAAUCUGUACCACGAAAUCAGAUUCAGCAAAAGUCAGCGUGGCCGACACGCUCCGAGACCUAAACCUCGAGGAACUUCCUGAAUUUUAUUGUCAAGUGAAACAUACACGUUCGCACGCAAAACAAAAAACUACAAAACAAAAAACACACAUACUACACAUUUAACUGCUGACAUACUGAGGAGGAUUCAGCCUUGCCCCUUUGUACAGCCUUGAGACUGUUAUGUUAUAACCACUAAUUCUACUAUAUAUGUGUAUGUGUCAUUAUUAUUCAAGUUUGUUACUUUUUUGCAGUUUGCAAGACAGAGAGAAUGCUGAGUGCCUCGUAUUUAUUCAUUUUCCGUCUUCUGAUUUGUUUAAAAAAAACUCCCGACCCCUAAAUGAAACACCCCACACGUGGGCAGGCUAAAGAGGAGACGAAUAAAACCUUUCGACACUAAGAAAAAGGUGACCCUCCACCCUCACCCCCUGCCCCCUUUCACCUGCCUCCCCCACCCCCCACCCCCGCAAAAAACCUCCCUUUCACCCUGAAAAUGGCAUGCACUGUUUUGUCUCUCUCUCCCAGUCCCCCUUUUGGACCAGUCAAAAAGGGAAAAAUGGGGUUUCUAACGGUGUCAUUUCCAGACACUUUUUGGGCCGGAUGAGAUUUUUUUCAGCAUGUUUGUUCAGCCUGCUCAAUCUGGUGUCAGUUUGUGAGUUUCUCCCUCUCGUCUCUCUUAUCCAGCAACACAAGGCUACGUGAGACAUGGAGAGCAGUGUAAAAUAAACGCUAGCUUUUAACUCUCAGUGGAUACUGAAACGUCCUUGAGUUUAUGAAUGAUAUAAAAAGAAACUCUCUGCUACUGUAUGUUUUAUACUUCGCACCCAGUGGCAUCAUCAUGUUGUGACAUCAUUGCAUGCCCGAGCAUGCUCUUUCUUACUCUUUGGUUUAUGAGGUUGUUUCGAAGUUAAUGUGGAGAAAAUAAUGAAAUGUUUGAAAUUAACGAGUUUGGUGUGGUUAUUAUUGCGGUCUCGCUUCCCCAAUCAAAUCAUGCAGUUUUCAUGAAAGUGGUGAGGAGCGAAUCAAUGAGCAGGAGGUCUUUGUGGCUACGUUUUAAUGAUUUUUGAUUCAAUGUGAUGAAUUACUUUGAUUUAAAAGCCAAAAAUUUGCCAAAUCUGGUUAUUUGAUCUACAAACAAUUGAUUUUUGCAGGAAAGGUCCAGUCCUAAGAGUCAACAAACUACAUUUCUACAUGCACAGUUUUCUGGUGAUGGAUAUUCAAAGUUACUGAAGGUGAUAUCAUGACUGUUUUGAGGUUUUCUGGUUCAUUGGCACUUAAACAACAAGAGAAACCUCAGUGUAUAACCAUCGUAGGAAAAUUUCUAUGUAGAUGAUGAAGGAAUAGUUUUGGGAAAUGCGCUCACUCCCUUUCUUGC